GCAUCCCCUGCAAACCAACAAGUACUGUUAGUUCCUAUUCAGGUUAAUUUACGCAAACAUUAAGCAUCAAUGGAUAUUAUUACAAAAUUUUUAAUUCACCACAACUUGGCUUUAUUAUUUAGUUAAAUGUAAUAUUUUCUGAUAUUGAUAAUCAUAACUUAGUGCGGGUCAUUUUAGCUCGCGACUUCCGCUACGUCACGCAAUCACAACAUCAGCUGUAGCCAAAAUGGCGCAUGCAGGGGCAGAUUUAGCGGGUCCUCUGGGCUCUGAUCCAGAAGUGGAGAAUGAAACAGGGGUGUACAGGCGCUGCAGAGGGCGUCCGAGACUCACAGAGUCUGACCGAGCCAGGAGACGGCAUGAAUCCCGCAAGAAGUAUGACAUUAGGAGAGUGUACCUCGGGGAAGCGCAUAAAGUGUGGAGUGAGCUGCGCCGGAGGACCAGUCUGAGUGAUGCUGGGCUGGCAGAGUACCUGAUCCUGCUUCACUCUACCCAUGGAGAGAGCGACCAGGACAAGCACUCUGGGGAGAAGACUGGAGUAACAGACAUUUCCUCAAAUCAAAAAAGUGACAAUAGGGGGUGUGUGUCCAGCCUGCAGAGCCUUGUCCACUGGUACCAGGAGCACUGUGAGACCUGUCCCCUGGAGCCAGAGCUCAGAUCUCUGGAGUGUCAGCCCGCCUCACCCACUGUUGCUCUGUGGCAGUGUGACUCAGGUCACUCCUUCACUCAGUAUCUGUACCCCCCACAGUCUGCUGAGGCCAGUGACUGUGAGCAGGACGAGGGAGGGCAUACAGAGGGGGAGCCGCAGAGCACAGCGGUAACAGCAGUCACUAAAGUUAAAAGGUCUGUGGGCAGGAGGAGACGAAGACGGACGCGUAGAAAAGCAAAAGGUGUGGAAGAAAAUGAGCCUGUUGCAGCUGUUCAACACGACUCUUACCCCAGAGAACAGAUUCCAUCUGCCUCUCCGGAUCCACCCAGGGCCGUAACAGAGACCGAGCCGACCCCAGUUUGGGACAUGGAGGGGUCCCCUGAUGCCUUUCAUUCUGAGGACGACUGUGAAGAUCUGAGAGCAGCUGAGGACAGAGAAAUGCAAAUACACAGGGACACACCAGAGGGAUUCCAGUGUGUGUCUUUGGGGCAUAAAGUGGACAGCAUAAAUGAGGAGUCAGUACUGAGUGGAUCUGUGCCUCCACCAAUGCAUGUACAGGAUCAGAGCACCCUGUAUGACCCUCAGAGUCUACACAGCAUAGUCGGCUGUGAGAUUCCUGACCAGAGGAGUGCUUUUGAAGCGUCGCAGUUGAUCAUCAUCACUGGCCCCAGCUAUGAGGCAUUAGCAUCAGAGGGUAUUCAACUUAACAUGACCAACGGAACCAACAUGGAGGAGGUCACAUGCACUGUCAUUGGAAAUGUUUCCUACAACCAAAUCUGUCCCCUGGACACUAAAACCAGGAUGCUCCAGGACCAUUCUGCAACUGAUUUGAGUGACCAACAGCUUCAUCUGAAGGCUGAAGACCCUCAGGAGAUGAGCCCUGACAGAGAACUACACCGGAGCAGAAGAAGAAGUAGACGUGGUCCAGUGAUCGAGGCAGAUGGGAUGCUGAAGAUGUUCCACUGUCCGUACGAGGGCUGCAGUCAGGUGUAUGUGGCCAUCAGCAGCUUUCAGAAUCACGUCAACUUAGUUCACAGAAAAGGGCGAACCAAAGUGUGUCCACAUCCAGGCUGUGGGAAGAAGUUCUAUCUGUCCAAUCAUCUGCAUCGGCACAUGAUCAUCCAUUCAGGAGUUCGAGACUUCACCUGUGAGACGUGUGGGAAGUCAUUCAAACGCAAGAAUCAUCUAGAGGUCCACAGGCGCACCCACACAGGAGAGACCCCACUGCAGUGUGAGAUCUGUGGAUACCAGUGUCGGCAGAGGGCCUCCCUGAACUGGCACAUGAAGAAACACACCUCAGAGGCUCAGUACAACUUCACAUGUGACUUCUGCCACAAGAGGUUUGAGAGACUGGAAAGUGUCAAGUUCCACAAGCUGAAAAGUCACCCGGACAAACUGUUGACUUGAAAUGCACUACACACACAGCUGCUGCUGCUACUGCUGUUUACACACAGGUACAGGUCAAAAGUAUGGCAUCACGGAGGGGACAAAAAGAACAGCUGUGCAGGACAUUUGCUGUCUUUUAGAGCCAGAGCAUGUUGCGGCAUGAACAAAAAAAAUAGCACAUUUUUAAUUAGGUUGUAUGUGGUGCUUGUAUAAUAAUCAUUUUGUUUCAGUUUUGCACAACUGAAGUUCUAUUGUAUUUUGUUCAGUGACUUAAACUAAUCUAAUCUAGGCCUAUUACUUUUUUAAAGGUGCAAAUUGUCCCCUACUGGUCUGUUAGACACCCUAUAGUUGUAGAUGUAGUAUUAGCAAGUGAAUGCACAGCUAUCUAUAAACAGGAAUAAUUUACAAGCACUCCAUGCAAACUUACUAAAAUGGGUAAUGAAUCAAAAGUGUGGAGCAUUAUUUUACUUCAAUUUCUACCUCUAAUGGCUUUAGACUGAACUGUACUCUGCUGUUGACUUUAACAAGGACAUUUUUGAUAUUUGCGCACCCAUGUUUAUCCAAAAGGACCUUUUGUAGGCCAUUUCUGUUUCAUUUCUUUGCAAAAUGCUUAUUAUACAUAUCAUUUGUAUUUACUUAUACAGUAUUUGUUGUUUUCAGUAUUUAAACAUUUUUUCAAAAGAUAAAUUAUUUUGUAAUACAAUUAUUUGUUGUUAAUAAAAAGUAUGUGAUUUUA